AAAUAGGAAUCGACAAUAGUUUAUUGUGUCAUCCGGUAGUGACAGAAGUUCUUGCCUUUCCCCUGAGUAAAGAUGAUAAAUACUGGGAAAUUGGCUGGUCGCACGUUGUUCAUCACGGGAGCUAGCAGAGGUAUUGGAAAAGCUAUAGCACUUAAAGCCGCUAGAGACGGAGCUAAUGUAGUUAUUGCGGCAAAGACUGCCAAGCCUCAUCCAACAUUGCCUGGGACAAUUUAUACUGCAGCUGAAGAAGUUAGAGCUGCUGGAGGUCGAUGUCUCCCAUGUGUGGUGGAUGUUAGAAAUGAAACUCAGAUCCAAGAUGCUGUGGAUGUAGCUGUCAAAACAUUUGGAGGAAUUGACAUAGUUGUAAACAAUGCAUCAGCCAUCUACCUCACUGGAACUGCUGAGACUUCAGUAAAAAAUUUUGACUUGAUGCAUGACAUUAUUGUUCGUGGGACAUUUCUCGUGUAA